AAGAUGAGAUUCAAUUUAAGAUAUGAUAAAAAAAACAAGAUAAAUUAAGUUCAGAUCAAAUAAUGAGUUAAUUUAUUAUGAGAUGAGGUACAUUAAGUUAAGAUAAAGGAAGAUGAGAUCACUUAAAGAGAAAAUAAAGUAGAUAAGAUGUUAAAAUAAGGUAAGUUUAGAUUAAGAUAGAUUAGGAAGUUUAGACAAAACACAUUUAGAUAAGAUAGGAUAAGUUAAGUUUCGAUAAGCUAGGAUAUGUCAUUAAGACGAGGUAUUAUAGGAUACGUAAAGGUAAGUGUAGAUAACGGUAGAUUUAGGUCAAAUAGGAUAUGUUUAGUUAAGGUAGGAUUUAUUUAUUAUUAAUAUUUUCAAAGUUAAGACUAAGAUUGAAUAAGUUCAGAUAAGUUUAUACAAGAAAACGUUAGAUAAGUUAAAAUGAGUUAAGAUAAGGUAAGGUAAGGUACUUUUUAUUGCUCCUAUAACAGGUGGACGUUGAAUGUGUCGCAGCCGUAAAGACGGUAAAAAACAAAGUAACACACAAAACAAACAUUAUUGUGAUUGACAGUUAUUACGGUCAUUAUCUGCUACAGCGUCACUGACUAAUAUCAUUUAUUUGUAUCUAUUUAUUUAGUUUAAAUAUAAAAAUAUGAGAGCGUGGAUAUUUCCGACGGUACGCGAAGGCAUCACGGCUGUGCUGCGCUUAGUGGCUGCAGAGGAGGAAGAAGAAGAGGAGGAGAAGCGGCGGACGCUGCUGCCUCUGCUCCGCCGUCACAGACGCGCUGCCUCCGGUCAGAGUGAAGAGACAGAGCCGCCGCCAUGGCCACGGACAGCUGCCUGUUUGUGUGGUCUGAUCACUGUGUCAUUGUGUGUCCUCUCUCCCUCUCCCUUCUCCCACCAGUCACUCCAGAGGCCAUCGGCUUCCUGUCGGCGGUGGGCGUCUUCAUCGUGGCGUUGGCCGUCCUCUUCCUCUUCAUCAACAAGAAGCUGUGUUUCUCUCGUGUGGGCGGGCUUCCCUGUCUGGAGCAAUACAACCGCCGGAAGAGAGGGAAGCAGGGAGUUCGCCAGGGGCUCGUGAACAGUUACGGCGCCAAGGACGAGGACGAAGACGUCAGCUCGUGGGAGAGCGAGGACGAGGUCCUGAAGCAGUUUGAGAUAUCAGUGUCGCGCUCGCAGAGUUUCCGCGGCGGCGCGGCCAAGAGCGGCGGGGAAAAGAAGGUCCAGACGGCUCAGCUGUCGCUGGGUCAACGGCACAAAUUCACCCGACUGUCGGACCAGGAGGAGGGAAGCACGGAGCCGUCGGACUGUGAAGAGAUGGAGGCUCAGACCCAGCAGGCUUUCCAGGACCCGCUGUCCGCAGCGACGAUGGUGGAAAGCGAGAGGGCGGAGUCUGUCAGGGCUGAGUCUGUCAGGGCGGAGUCUAUCAGGGCGGAGUCUAUCAGGGCGGAGUCUGUCGCCUCGCAGGUCCAACCCGCUGUGCCCAAGUUCUCACUGGACGUCAGGGACAGUCCCACACCGAGCAUGCGGCGCCAGGCCGCCGACGGCAGCGAGGACACGGAGCAGGCUGCCCAGGAUCACAACCAGAACAACCCCACAGACAGCUCCUCCACCUGGAGCCCCGAGCAGGAGCAGCCUCCCCAGGGUGAGGUCUCGUCUCAGCCGCCCCCCUCCGCCUUGGGACCGCCCAUCUCCACGUGCGGACACCUGGUGCUCUCUCUGGAUUACCGUCCCAACACGGAGAAGCUGCUGGUGACCGUGGUGACGGCGCGGGACAUCCCCGACAAGGCCCGCAGCGGCAUGGACUGCUGGCAGAUCCACAUGGUCCUGCUUCCCUCCAAGAAGCAGCGGCACAAGACGUCGGUGCAGAGAGGCUCGCAGCCGCUCUUCAACGAGACCUUCCGCUUCACGCGCCUGGAGCCGCCGGACCUGGCCGCGUCGGCCAUCAGGUUCAGGCUGUACGCCAUCGGAGGCAGAAUGUCCCGCGAGAGGAUGAUGGGGGAGAAGAUGCUGCGGUUAGAGGUAGUCGACCCGGAGGGCGGGACGACGGAAACCACGCUGAUCCUGGAGCCUCGCAGUAACCUGAAGUGCGUGGAGUCCGGGCUGAGCGUGUCCCCCGUGUCUCAGAGCGACAGCGUCUCGUCCACUCAGUCUCUGACCCACGGCGGCGUCCCCGAGCUGCUGAUGGGUCUCUCCUACAACGCCACCACGGGACGCAUGUCUGUGGAGCUGGUCAAGGGGAGUCACUUCAGGAACCUGGCCAUCAACAGACCACCAGACACCUACGGCCGCCUGACUCUGCUGAACUCGGUCGGGCAGGAGAUCUCCCGGUGCAAGACGUCGGUGCGACGCGGACAACCCAACCCCAUCUACAAAGAGACCUUCGUCUUCCAGGUGGCGCUGUUCCAGCUGUCGGACGUCACGCUGCUGGUCUCCAUCUACACGCGGCGCAGCAUGAAGCGCAAAGAGAUGGUGGGCUGGAUCGCUCUGGGUCAGAACAGCAGCGGCGAGGAGGAGCAGCUCCACUGGCAGGACAUGAAGGAGGCGGGAGGGCAGCAGGUCUGCCGCUGGCACGUCCUGCUGGAGGCCUGACGCUGCCUCACCCUCAGGGUUCAUUGUUUUUUAUGUUCUUCUGUUCUGAACUUCUGAAGGAAACGGACUGAGGACAGAAAACGACUGCCUUGACCUCACGUCUGUCCAAACCUGGAGACGCGGAGGACAAACUCACCUGCUCCUGGAGGCUGAUGGACGUUCACAUCUGUUGUUGAACAGUCAUUUGUCGGCUUUAUCUUUCUGACUGAAAAACAAAGCUCGCUCUCACACACCAAACCACUAAAAUCAUUGAUGUUCUCUAUGGGCUUUGGUGUGGGAGAGUGAGUGGUUUACAAAAGUCUGUCUCACAGUGAGAUAAAGACGUGAACAUGUCAGUAAAUACUCCCUUUUACAGUAAAAUGAUCACUCAGGACGUCCAUCAGCCUCAAACACGGUCUGAGACUUUGUCCCGUGGGACCAAAGCUGUGGUUCACUUAAAGGGCAAAGGUGAGGACUGGGUAAAAAGAAGUCGUGCUAAGUUACGUGUGAUGUUUUUAAAUCUCGCUGUGCUUUCGCUGGCUGUUCAAUCAAACUCCACUCGGUUGCAUCGAACCGACGCAGACAGGAAACGGGAAGUUCAGGAGAUUCCAAACAUAUUUAAAAUGUUGUUGAGCGGCUGAAUAAUCACAAUAAUCACAGCUUUUCACAGAGCGACGUGCUUUAAACUGCCUGUGUGCAUGUGCAUGGCGGCUGCCUCGCGUCGUUCUGCAUUUGCUCAAAACAAAUAAUAGACGCAGUUUAUUAAUCAUACACAAACUUGGGGAAAUGACAUGAAAUGAGCAGCAUGCGAAACAUUCAGACGUUAACGGUGACACAGUGGCAGUGACAGUCACUCACUGAUCCACUGAGACCCACUCGUGCUGAAUAAAACACAGCGUUUCACAGGUGUCCUCAGACAUUACAGGGCCAAGGCCCUGAAGACAAAGAUGGCACAUGCCCCGCCCCCUCCCUGUCAGAAGCCAAUCAUCAGGCCACACCUCUUAAUCAGUGACUCAGGUGUUUUCAGGUCACGUGACACACCAGGCUGUGCAGUCCUGCCUUCACAAACAUUUGUACAAACACAGGCAAUAAAAUCAAAAAUCUGCAAUUUAAGAGACAAAAGUAAGUAAAUGCUUUCAACUACAAACUUCUUUUUAUUUUGCAUACAUAUAUGUGUGUAUAUAUAUAUGUACAUAUAUAAUUGUCAAUAUCUGAUGUUGCCUUAUGUUUUUUCCAAAAGUUAAAGACGUUUUUGUUGG